UGUCGCCCUCUAUCGUAAAAGUAAACAAACUCCUGCAAACGAAAACACAUGGAAUGAAUGAGGCGGUGGAUGACUGACAUUGACUUUCUUGUACAUUUAUUAUUUAUAAACCUUAACUUACAGUAUGAGUAUCGAAUCAGUCGAUGUGUCUAUUAUUUUACCAGUGCACAAUGCAGGCAAAUGGCUGAAUGAGUGUCUACAGUCAAUUCAAGGUCAGACGUUUAAGGAAGGAAUGUUCGAAUUGUCCAUUUUUAAUGAUGCCAGCAAGGAUGAUUCAAUAACAAUUAUAAAUUCCUGGAAAGAUAGGUUGAGCAAUGCUGGCAUCCAUGUGAUUAUAAAUGGACACUCUUCUGAUGCCCCUAAAGGAGUUGGCUUUGCCAAAAACCAAGCAGUAGCUCAUAGCCGUGGAGCUUUCCUGUGCUUCCAAGACGCUGAUGAUAUAAUGGAGCCUCUUCGUAUCAAAUUGCAAUAUGAAGCUGCAGUCCACCAACCAAAUAGUAUAAUAGGAUGCAAGGUUCAAAGACUACCUUUGGAUUCUACUGUACGCUACACACGAUGGUGUAAUGAAAUGAACCAAGAUCAACUUUUAACUCAGAUCUACACAUCCCAUGGACCAACAGUACUAAUGCCUACAUGGUUUUGCUCACGGAAAGUUUUUGAUAAUGUUGGCGGUUUCGAUGAAAG